GACGCAAGCACGGUGACAAUGGAGUUUAUAAAUAUGACGUUUGGAAAAAGGCGUUUUAGUUCAUACGUGGCUGCAUGAUGUUAAUAAUAUGGACGUUGCUGCUCUCUAGUAUAUCAUGCUAUGGCGUGACAGAAACGCAGGAGGAAACCGACAACGUCACCACUCUCUACCCCAUCUCCAAAAACACCAGCGACCAUGCCAACCAAACCGACUCUGUCAAGACAGCCACUUCUCUAGCUGAAACAUUAAACAAUGAGAGCAACAAGAUAGAGUUGAAGGAAGAGCCAGUGAUAGAAAAGCCAGGGAAUGACAGCAAGGAGUUCAAGCCAAGUGUCCACUUCCAGGACUUUUUCGAUGAAGAUGAUUUUGGAAUUGUUUCGCUACCGACCAAGCCGACGGUAGAUGGGUUUUCGCCGCUGAAGAAACCGCCUUCUGCUUUUAUCGGCUCACAUAAAGACGCCUUCAAAUCCACCAAGACGAAGCCGCCGCUGGAGAGGUUUCCCUACAAGUUCCAGGACGCCAUCUUGACGAGAGCCAAGCCAAGAUGGCGGCCGAACGAGCUGGAGUCACGGCCCACAGUUCCCGUGCCCGCGCAGGUGCCAGCUGGCGGGCUGUACAAGACACCUGAUGCGUUCAAGGACAAGCCGAGCAUCGAUGACGACGAGGAGUUCGGCCUGACAUUCCACGACGAGAAGGAAACCCUUGUUAAAAAACGUGCGAAUCCGUGGAAGAGUCUCCUACAUCUCCUGACGGCGUUCAUCCCCGUGGGACUCAUCAUCUCCGCCCUCACUCCUAACGUCGUCACCAUACACAGCACCGGCUCCGGCGGACCGGGACUCGGACCGGGGCACGGGCCGGGAAUGGGGCCGGGAAUCAGGCCAAUGGGUCCGGGAGUUUCUGGCAUUGAACCCCUGCCUCCACGACUGUUCCGCCGCUCGGACGAGGUCCUGGACCCACUCCCCCCACCGGCGACUACCCCCCCACCAGCCAUCAGUGAGCCGUGUCGCAGACGCCUGCUCUGUGAGCUGCAUUCGGAAAAGAAUUAUCACAGCCAACAUAGUGUUACUCGGCGCGGGCGCGCGUGCCACAAACUGCCCUGCGAUGACACGGAUGCCUUGGCGCACACCCUGCACUGGCUGCUACACAGACCUGCGGACCGACCGGACCCCAACAGAUUUAAUCAACCCCAGUUUUGA